AUGACGGAGGUCAUGUACUGGAUGUUCAGGCUCUGGAUGGGGUCCACGGUGGCCAUGGCCUCUCGAGGGUUCCUCUCGACUACCCUCUGCUCCGGCUUGACUCGCCUGCGACAUGUCGUCUGGGUGACGUUCGCGUCGCAGAUUCCUUUCUGUCUGAUCUUCAUCCUCACCUCCUUGUGGAGUAACGAUGGCUGCCACCACCGGCAAGCCACCAUCGACCGCAUCAGCGACCUCCCCGACGAGCUCCUCCACAUCGUCCUCCUCCGGCUCCGCUCCAAUGGUGACGCCCCGCGCACCAGCGUGCUCUCCUACUGCUGGCGCCACGUCUGGGCUAAGCUGCCCAAGAUUGUCCUCGACUACCAUGACCCACCGCCCCAAGACGUCAUCCCCAAGCUCCUGAACUCCGUCGACGACGCCCUCGCCGCCUACUCCUCCGCCGCCCCGGCCGUCAUCAAGCGCCUCGAGGUCGCCCUGCCCGGCAGGAGCGGCACCCACAUCCCGGCCUACCGCGUCUCCAACUGGCUACGCUUCACCUCGCAGCGGAAGGCAACAAGGAUCGAGCUCUUCCUCAAGCACCAAUGGCACCUCUGGUUCCCACUAGCUGCCUCGUUCUCGAUGCUGACCGACCUGGUGAUACACGAUACCAGCGUGGAACUUGACGAGCUGGAAUCCCUUGUGUGCUCGAAGCAGUGCCUGCGCCUAAGGAACCUACAGAUCGUUAAUGUCCAGUCCCUGUCGGUUGACGUUUUCUCCGUACGCUCCAACUCGCUGGUCUCAUUACGGUUUGACGCCUGGAUCCAGAAUGCUACCUUCCCGUUCCGGCUAAAGGUCGUUGCCCCAAGGCUAGAAGAACUGCGCGCGUCUUGCGAUGUUGUUUAG